AUGCACGAAACGAGUGCAUUUAUUUGUUGUCAUAUUAAAAAUUAUUUUCCUACCACAAAUACACAAGACGAGUGUGAAAUAAAACGAAUUCCUAUUCAUUUUGAAAAGUUUAGCUUUAGCACAAGUGAAUAUUUAAAAAAAACUGAUGAAGCUUUGAACGAGAAAAGUACACCUGAAGCAAAGGAGAAGGCGCAACAGCAGUUUCCAGAAAUUGAAACUAUAGAAUGUGGUGCAAAUCCAUCUGGGCAAGUAAUCGCUGCGCAAGGAGCUGAACCACUACCACAUAAAGGGGAAGAAUUUGUGUCGUCACCUCCAGCAUUUACAGAGCCAAUGAUGGUCAAAGCUUAA